AUGGGAUCUCAGGAGUCCUUUAUGAGAACUGUAGGAUAUCUACUAUUGAUCCCAGCUUUUCUGAGUGCAACACCACUGAUCGUAAAUAAGAAAUCAGCAGGUACUGCAUUUAGUAUUGGUUCUGCUAAAGCACAUGAUUUUUUAACUAAUUCACGCCCCAAGAGGAAUGUCGAUCCUCGAUGGUACCGUGCUGAUCCAAAUUUCCAGUCCUACUAUCGUUUCUAUAGCAGCAUUGGGCACCAUGAAGGGAUCUACGAGAUAGACAAACUCAGGAUGCUGUACCAGCAAAUGCGACACUUGGAACUCACUUAUGGUCCAGAUGCCUCCAGUUACCAGAAUUCCAUGGGCCUACUCACCACCACUGUAGCCCCCGCCACAACCACCCAGCCCCCUACACCGGCCACUACAGCAGCCCCCACUCCGGACCCUCUAGCCAGUGCACAGAAGAUCUACCUGUGCAACCCCAAAGACCCUCUGUGCAAACCCCAGAUAGUAUACCUACCCACGGGUGCCGUCCCCGUGCUCUGUGACCCCCGCUCUAACCCUGCUUGCCGUCCUAGGACUGAGGAGGAGAUCAAAGUUGCAGCUCCGGCUCAAAAACCUGCUUCUCCUGCUCCCAAAAUCUCCACCCGACCACCUCCACCGCCACCUCCUGCUGUUGGUGUCAAAGGAAUGGAGUAUGACUGUGAUCCAUAUUGGGAUCCUGACUGCCUCAUUGACCACCCCCCACGAACUGUUGAAGAGAAGAUCGCACCUGAGGCCCCAGAGGCUCCAGUGGCUCCAGAGGCUCCUGCCAUACCUGCUGAGGAGAAAGUCAAAGAAGAGGAGGUGAAAGCAGAGGACAGUGCGCCCCCACCACCAGACGCAGAGAAAAGUCCAUACCCGUUAUUUGAUCCGUAUGAUUUCAAACUCCGUAUAUGUCCCCUCUUGUUGGCGUCUAACAUCAGAAUGUCUGACAAAAGUGAGCUAAAGGCUGAACUUGAGCGAAAGAAACAACGAAUUGCACAGAUCCGGGAGGAGAAGAAGAGAAAAGAAGAGGAGAAGAAAAAGAAGGAUGUGGAUUCAAAGCGUGCAAGUGAGGGGUCUGGUCAUGAAGACUCAGAUCUUGAGAGGAAAAGGAGAGAGGCUGAUGCGUUGCUCCAGAGUGUUGGCAUCACCCCGGAUAUAUCACACGCUCAGCCCCUGCGGGUAGUAACAGAGGAUACAUGUCUGUUUCACUACCUAGUCCCUGCCCCUAUGUCCCCCUCCAACAAAUCAGUGGGUAGCGACGCAGGAAGCCAAGAUUCAGGAGAUGGAAACGCAGGACCAAGGACUUUGCACUGGGAUCCUGACCCCUCCACACUGCAGCUGCACUCCGAUUCUGAGCUGAUUCGACGUGGAACAGUGAGACUGGGUUUGUCCAAAGUGACCCAAGUGGACUUUGCACCCAAAGAACUGGUGUCUUAUUCUAAAGAAACUCAGACCCCAACUGAAGCACAUACGGAUCAAAAAGCAGAAGAUGAUGAAGAAGAGGAGAUCACAGCUCCUCCUCCAGGAGAGGACGCUCUAGAAGAGAAAGGUGAUCAAGGAGACCUCCAAGAUGAAGACACACCCAAAGAGCUGACUGAGGAGGAGAAGCUGCAGGUCUUGCACUCAGAAGAGUUUGUUUCGUUUUUUGAGCGCGGAAGCAGAAUUAUAGAGAGAGCUUUAGCUGAGCAGGAUGUCUGCUUCGACUACAGCGGGAGGGAUUUGGACGAUAAGGAGGGAGAGUUGCAAGCUGGGGCAAAGCUGGUGGUGACCAGAGAGUUUGCAGAUGAGCGAUGGACCAAAAACAGAGUGGUCACUUGUCUCGACUGGUCCCCACAGUAUCCUGAGCUACUCGUGGCCUCAUAUAACAACAACGAGGAUGCCCCUCACGAGCCUGACGGGGUGGCUCUGGUCUGGAAUAUGAAGUACAAAAAGGGUACUCCUGAGUACAUCUUCCAUUGCCAGUCUGAAGUCAUGUCAGCGGGUUUUGCCAAGUUUCAUCCCAACUUGGUAGUGGGUGGAACAUAUUCAGGGCAGAUCGUGCUAUGGGACAACCGGAGCAACAAGCGCACACCAGUGCAGAGGACACCGCUCUCUGCUGCCGCACACACGCAUCCAGUCUAUUGUGUGAAUGUCGUGGGGACACAGAAUGCAAACAAUCUGAUAAGUAUUUCCACGGACGGCAAGAUGUGCUCCUGGAGCCUGGACAUGCUCUCCCAGCCACAGGACAGUUUGGAGCUGGUGUUCAAACAGAGCAAAGCUGUGGCCGUCACGUCUAUGGCUUUUCCGUUGGGGGAUGUCAACAAUUUUGUGGUGGGAAGCGAAGAUGGCUCUGUCUACACCGCCUGUCGCCACGGAAGUAAGGCAGGCAUAACUGAGGUGUUUGAAGGACAUCAUGGUCCUGUGACGGGUCUGAGCUGCCACAGUGCUGCUGGGCCUGUAGACUUCUCUCAUCUGUUCAUAUCCUCCUCCUUUGACUGGACUGUGAAACUGUGGAGUACCAAGAGCACUCGUCCCCUGUACUCCUUUGAAGACAGUUGUGAUUAUGUCUAUGACGCCAUGUGGUCGCCAACACACCCUGCCUUGUUUGCCUGUGUGGACUUGUCCGGACGCCUGGACCUCUGGAAUUUAAACAAUGAUACUGAAGUGCCCACGGCGAGUGUGUCUGUAGAGGGGGCCCCUGCUCUUAAUCGUGUGAGAUGGGCUCACACCGGCAAAGAAAUAGCUACAGGAGAUUCUGAUGGGAAAGUGCAAGUUUAUGAUGUUGGCGAGCAAAUUUGUGUGCCUAAAGCUGAUGAAUGGACACGGUUUGUUAGAACAUUGGCAGAAAUCAACGAGAACAGGGAUGAAGCGGAGGAGCUGGCCAAUGCCUAA